AUGGGGACACCUAGGGCAGUGAAAAGUCAGGCUAUAGCAGAUUUAUUGGCGCAGUUUCCAGGAGAGGAAGAAUUCCCACUAGAUGAUGAAGUUCUAGGGGAAGUAGUUAUGGCAAAAGAAGUCAGGGUACAGUGGGUAAUGAAAUUUGAUGGGUCUUCUACUACCCAUUCCGAAGGGGUGGGAGUAGUUCUGUAUCAUGAAGAAGACAAGGCAGUGGCACUGUCAUUUAAGUUGGAAUUCCCCUGUUCAAACAACACGGCAGAGUAUGAGGCCUAUCUAACUGGGCUUGCCACGGAGCUCGAAAUGGGAGUCAAACAUUUGAAGGUACUGGGAAAUUCAAACUUGGUCGUCUGCCAGGCCAAAGGAAGUUUUUCCUUAAAGGAGCCCAGCCUAGCCCCGUACAGAGUGAUGGCCCAGAGAAUGGAAGAGAAAUUCUCAACCUUUGAGAUAGAACAUGCUCCGAGAAAUGAAAAUCGGUUUGCAGACGCGUUAGCUGCACUGGGUUCGCAAAUAAUCUUCAAAGGGAAUAGCACUAAUAUAGAAGUCAGCAAGAGGGAAGAAUCCAUCAUUGAGGUGUUGAAGGAAAAGUUCCGGGAGGAACAGGGCAAAGGGGAUUGGCGAAUCCCCAUAAAGGAAACCUUGGUGAAGGGAGACGACGCAGCAGAAUUGAAGAUAUUAAAAGACUAUGCCUUGGUAAAAGAAGAGUUGUACCGCAAGAUGCCAGGUAAGGUUUUAUCCAGAUGCGUGGGCUAG